AUGGCUUUAACAAAACAAAAUGUAGGCUAUGAUCUAAACCAAAAAACUCUUGUUGAGGAAAAGGAGGAGGAUGAUGGAGUUCCUGACGUGGUGCUUCAGGUGAAGGGAGAGUCGUUUUUUGUGAACCGCCAACGUCUGGCUUUUCUGAGUCCGUACUUUCGAGCCUUGUUUUUUGGUGGAGGUCUGGAGAGCACCAGGAAGCACAUCGAGAUACAUGGGGUUGGACUGCAGCAGUUUCAAAUCCUGAUGAAGUUCAUGAAGACCUUCAAGCUGUCCCUGGAUAACGACAAUGUCCUUGAUGUUCUAGAGGCGGCCGACUUCCUGCAAAUAGACAGAGCUCGACUUCUCUGCUGCAAGUUUUUGGAAAGACAGUUGCAUCUGAGCAAUUGCUUGGGCAUGAUGGCCUACGCCUGGCAGCUCGGCUGUCUCGAACUUUACGCCGCGGCACGCGAAGUCGUCCUCACCCAUCUGCCCGCCAUAGCUUCAGAGCAAGACCUUAUGUUCCUUUCCAAAGACAGUAUUGCUGACCUCCUUGCUAGUGACAACUUAAGCAUUCCAAGAGAAGACAUGGUGCUCGACGUUGCCCUUCGCUGGGCAACAUUUGAUCCGAGUCGAGAAGAGGACUUUAUGGAGCUAGUGGGUCUGGUUAGACCCGAGUGUUUAAGUCUUCCUUACAUUACUGAUCUUCUGUCUAAGAUCAACAGCUCAGACCCACGUGCCAAGCUCGUUUGCAGGUUGAAUAAUAACAUCCCAAGCAGCUGGACGGCGGGCAGAUCUGUACCUAGAACUCGUUCGAGAGAAACUCUGUUUGUUCUCGGUGGAUCACAUGAGCAGGACACGCAGUUGCUUUAUCAGUUCCACCCGUAUAGCGGAAGGUGGAAAUCCCAUCCACCUUUGCAGAAGAAAUGUCUUACACAGUACUCUGUGGCCGCCGUAGGGGACAACAUAGUAGUGACUGGAGGCUACUUUCGGGACGUGUUGUGGUACAGUGUGGACUGGGUGAGCAUUUACCAGUGCUGUGCCGAGCGGUGGGUGGACGGCCCUGCGAUGAGGAAGUCCAGGCACAGUCACUGCUCAGCGGCAAUCCAGCUCCAGUUGUUUGUGUUGGGUGGAAGCAUGGACGAGGGUCUCGUGGCUGAUGUGGAGAGGCUGGUGAUUGGAGCAGAGGAAUGGGAGAGCGUCAGCCCAAUGGUGUGCGCGGUAGAGAGGGCGGCCGUCGUCACUUUGGGAUCUUGCAUCUAUGUGGCCUGUGGUUUGGAUGAGAAUGGAGAUGUGUACAGUGGGAUUCAGAGAUACAGACCUGAGGUGGACCAGUGGGACGUGAUCUCAUAUUCACCAUUCCCACGUUAUGAUCUUCUUGCAACUGAGCUCAAUGGCGCCCUCUAUCUGCUGGGAGGUCAGGCUCUGCGUUUCGAUAUCGACACCGAUGAGUGGACCGUUCUUCAGGAGGAAUGUCUAGACAACAAAUUUUACACUGGAUGUACGACAGUUAACGGGCAGAUUUACAUCCUGAGCGAGAGGAAGAUAAACAAAACUUACCCUAACAUGAUUCUGAUGGAUCCUUAUAUUGACACAUGCUUGGAAAUCGAUGGUUCAAUACCAUGUCCAGUACCCAUAAGAGGCUGCGUCACAAUGCGCAUGCAUCCUUACUAAAAUCACAACGUUAACACAGGCAGUAUCGAUAUUUCAUUUAUGAAACAUGCAAUAAACAUUCUAUUCUAUUUC